GCGUUCCUCACAUACUGUGCCAGAGACUCUGCCAUCAAAGCCCAGACAGCACUGCAUGAACAAAAGACUUUGCCAGGGAUGGCGCGCCCGAUUCAAGUGAAACCUGCGGACAGCGAGAGCCGUGGAGGGGACAGGAAGCUCUUUGUGGGCAUGUUAAAUAAGCAGCAGUCUGAGGAUGACGUGCUCCGGCUCUUUGAACCAUUUGGGGUCAUUGAUGAAUGUACGGUGCUCCGUGGACCUGAUGGUAACAGCAAAGGCUGUGCUUUUGUAAAGUUCUCAUCUCAUACAGAGGCUCAGGCAGCAAUCCACGCGCUCCAUGGCAGCCAGACAAUGCCCGGUGCCUCCUCCAGUCUAGUGGUGAAGUUUGCUGACACAGAUAAGGAGAGGACCCUCCGUCGUAUGCAGCAAAUGGUGGGGCAGCUGGGGAUAUUCACUCCAUCUCUCACCUUGCCGUUCAGCCCAUACAGCGCAUAUGCGCAGGCUCUGAUGCAGCAGCAGACGACGGUUCUCUCAACCUCCCACGGCAGCUACCUGAGCCCAGGCGUCGCCUUUUCCCCUUGCCACAUCCAACAGAUCGGUGCCGUCAGUCUCAACGGGCUGCCAGCCACUCCUAUUGCACCAACAUCAGGGCUACAUUCACCGCCUCUCCUGGGAACAGCAGCCAUGCCAGGACUGGUGGCACCCAUUUCAAAUGGAUUCACUGGAGUGAUACCAUUCCCAAAUGGGCAUCCAGCCUUGGAAACAGUUUACACCAAUGGCCUUGUGCCAUACUCAGCCCAGAAUCCUUCAGUAGCAGAGACUUUGCACCCAGCCUUCACAGGAGUUCAGCAGUAUGCAGCGGUGUAUCCAAACAACACCAUCACCCCCAUUGCUCAGAGCAUCCCUCAGCCACCUCCCAUCCUGCAGCAGCAGCAACGAGAAGGUCCUGAAGGCUGCAAUCUCUUCAUCUACCAUCUCCCUCAGGAGUUUGGAGACAAUGAGUUGAUGCAGAUGUUCCUGCCCUUUGGCAAUAUAAUUUCCUCCAAGGUAUUCAUGGAUCGUGCCACCAACCAGAGCAAGUGUUUUGGUUUUGUAAGCUUUGACAACCCAUCCAGUGCACAGACUGCUAUCCAGGCCAUGAAUGGCUUCCAGAUUGGCAUGAAACGUUUGAAGGUCCAGUUAAAACGACCCAAGGAUGCUAAUCAUCCCUACUGA